UCCAUUUAAAGGUCCUAAAGGGAGGGUUUGGGAUGCUCACCUGGCUGUUCUCACCUGGCUAAGACUCCCACCAGGUGAAUGUUUUGGUCUGGGUAAUGGAAAAAGCAUGAGAAAAACCCCUUAAAACCAUCACCCUGAGACCCUUGAUUAAUCCUGGGUGUCCUGACCAUCCCCCCAAGACCCCAGGACCCCCAAAGGAAAGAUUCCUUGGAAUUGAUCAUCUCUUGCUUAAUUGCUAAUCCAACAUGAGUUAUAUUACGAUUAUGGCGAGUAAAACAAGUGUCCGUACCGCCCCACUUUUCUGGCUGAACCAUCGCCACGGAUGGUUUUAAGGACGUGACCACAUGACGAUGUACCACAUGGCUAUGCCUCCCCACAUGGGGGGUCCCCAUCCCCCCCCUGUUCAUUCCCCCUUAGCCUUCCCUUCCCCGAUCCUCCCGCCUUCCAUGUCUCACAGUUAUGCAGUUCACUCCUUUCCCCAGGCCCAUGUGCCCCACCCCUCCCCCUCUGCCCACUCCUCCCACGCCUCGCACCAGAGUCAUCCCUCGCACUCAACGGCGGCGGCGGUGGCGGCCGCCAGCGUGUCCAUCGCCGUAGGGUCGGGAAACUCUGCCCUGCUGACGCACCCUUCCCCAAUGCUGUCCCAGCCCUCACCCAUCUACAACCCUCAGACCUCAGUCUAUGUCAACCCCUACCUCCCGCCCCAGCUCUCUCACGCCCAUGCCCACUCCCACCCCCAACAUCAGCACCCUUCCAGCAUGGGGUAUGGCAUACCCCCCCCUCCCAUGGCAGGAGGCCCACCCCCUGGCAUACUGCCACCCCCACAGUCCAGUAGCCAGGCCGCUGCCCCACCACUCCCCUCGGGUCCUGUCAUGUCUGUGGAUGAGGAGCUGUUGGAGGAGAUGAACACUCUCCACCUGGGGUACAUUGAGACAGAAGACUCUCCUCACAAGCUAGAGCAGAGAGAGAAGCUGGAGCGUGUGAUCAUGGAGUACCUGGCCAUCACUCCGCACUCCCACAAGUUCAUGUUUCACCAAAUAUCUGAUGUGCUGGAGACAAGCAUCAACACGUGUAGUGACUUCAGUGCGUACAGCGCCGCCUGUGCGUUUGAUGCGCUGGCACAGUACGCCGCCAACCUUAUCACGCAGCCCUGGAGGAGAGAGUUUAGGCAGAUUAAGCUCUACAGUGGCUUCUGGGUGCACCAGGUAGCCCACCACUUGGCAGGUGCAGAGUCCAUUCUCUCCCUGAUGGGUUACGCCCCUCAGUCCGGCCCCACGGCAGGGUCCUCCGGCUGCAGGGAUCCAUCCUGUCUGGUUCUGGAAGAUGUUUUGGAUCCAGACCUUAUAUCCAGGCUUGCCCUUGACUGCCUGAUUGCAUACUGUGAAUGCCAGGUGCUCAAGAAAAUCAGUGAAGGCGUCCGUGAGUUUGGUCUGUCUUGGCGGCAGAUCCUGCAGUACCGCCAGAUGUACGUUGGGGGCAUAGACGUCACUGUCCGGCACCUUCUCUUCACCCUGCGGCAGCGGUUGCAGCCCCAGAGCCAGGCUGAGUCCAGUCAUAAGCAGGCUGCCCCCUCCACAGGGCCGCCGCUGCCCGUCCGCCAGUCCUCCAUGAGUGGCCCCUCCUCCUCCCCCGUGUCCACCCACCAGUCAGUGCCAGCCCCUCACUCAGCCUCAGAGAAAGUCAUAACACCGGCAGACCAGACCAUGUCCCUGGAGCCCCAGCAGCAGCCAAGGAGCGGCACAGCAGGCAUUAGUAGAGGAGGUAGUAUGGAGCAACGAAGUGGAGGAGCAACAGGAGGCGGUGGAGGAGGAGGUGGAGGUGGUGGUAGUGGAGGAGGAGGGGGUGGUGGUGGUGGUGGGAGCUAUCACCAUCCUAGUCUCCACCACCUCCACCACCACCCAAGUAGCCAGCUCCCCACAGUCAUCACCACCACCGCCGCGGCUGGAGCAGUGCCUGGGGCAGCAUCCGGCCCCCCGCCCUCCUACGCCCGAAGUGUGGACACCCCGGACACAGCCAAGAGUAUAAGCAGUUUGGGGAUCCUUCCUCUGGCCAGCCAGGUGCCCACAGCCAAGCUUAUCGACCUGGACUCCUCCCUCGAGAACCUGCCUUCAAGAAACAGCUUACAGCUUCUCCCAAAGGUCUUACCACACAAGAGAAGUUCAAAGUCCAGCGGAAGUAGUCGUGUUCUGCCUUCCUUGGAAAACUCUGACCCCUGCCCUCCCCCGCCCCCGCCCCCCGAGGUGUUCCUGGCCGGCACCCUGGACGAGCACCUCGAGGCAACGCUCUCCAUCGUGAAGGACCCCAACAGGAACUCUGUCGUUCAGAGCACCCCUAACGAGCAGGGCGCCACCUCCUGGGAGACCUGGGAAUUUGUCUACCGCGGCCUGGAGAAGAAGGGCUACAACAAGGACAUCGGCGACCGAGGGGACAUCCUGCACCAGAUAACACGACAAAACCUCCAUCCCGAUGCCUUGACGCCUCAAGGUAAGAACGCCCCACUCAAUAAUAAAAAGGAGGUAGGAAAGAGCAAACCGAUGUUCAUCAACCAAGCCCUUCAGGCCCUCGCCCUCAACGAGACCAGAGAGAGGGUGGAGAGGCCGUGCCUCUCCAGCAAGAGUUCCCACUCAGCUUCCCACGGUGCCGCCCCAGACGUCUUCCCCGGCCUCAACAACCUCACCAAGAGAAACAGCCUCUUUGACAACCUCUCCACUGGCUUUGAGACGGCACCCCAGGACAGCGACGAGUACGAGGACCGCCGGCAAGUCCUCAAGAAGACCAGCAACCUGGCGCGCGUCGACAACAGACUGGACGUGAGCAACAAGAACAACACCAGCAGCUCCUCGUCGCCCCGCAGCCUCAGUCUUAGCAGUAAGGGUUCCCACUCCAGGCAAGAGCUACCCCCGGAGGCGCCGCGCUCCGCACCCGCUGCCGCCGUCCCAACACUGCAGCACGGUGGUGGUGGCAUCGCCAUCACCGACAACAGCCCCACUCCACCCCGGGAUAAUCAGCCGCCCAGAGAGAGCCUAUUGCCGCAAGUGCCCUGGUCGUGCACCACCUGCACCUUCCUCAAUGAAAAGGGGCGCACUGCCUGUGACAUGUGCGGGAAGUCGCGCACGCCCGGGCCAGAGACACGACCUCUCAUCUCUGGUGGCCGCCAGUGCCCUCAGUGCACCCUCAUAAACGAAAGGGAGGCAAAGGACUGCUCGGCCUGUGGAGUACAUCUGGAGGGUUCUUCCACUUAUAUUUAGGAGAGAAGUAAGUUGUGAAAAGGAUUUUACUGUGAAUGCCAAAGCAAUCAUAUAGUUUCCAAUAAACUCUUGGUGUUUUGAGUAAACAUUUAAUGUUAUGGAAAUUUAGUGAACCUCACUUCCCUGUACCUACAGUGUAAGGCUGCAACUAAUGAUUCCUUUUUAAACAGAAAAGCACAAUUUUGUUCUGAUGGUCAAACCAAAUUUCUUAACAAUUUUGAGUGAAAAACAAAUUUGGAAACUUUUACUUUUAUUCUUAUAUUUAUUCCUCCAAAAGUGUUAGUUUUGGUUUGGCUCAAAUUAUUUUGUGCUGAAACACGGGAAACGUCCUCAAAUUUAUAUCAGGAGCAAACAUUAUUGGUAACGAAACUAAACAAGGAAUGCAAUCUGCCAAAAAAAGAAAAUCUUGUACUUCCAGAAUAUUUUUAUGUAUGAAAUGUGUUUAUGAACAUUACCUGCACAGCAUCCUGAAAUAGAAGAUGUGAUUGAGGUGAUCAGCCAGAUUAUUUUUGUCAACUUUGGUCUUGCAAGGACACAUGCCCUGUGUGGCGCAUCCACCAGCAGAUGAAAACUGAAUAGUAAAUUUAGUUAUAUCCUUUACUGAAUUCUAUAUUUUCUGAGAUAAUUCUAAUAUUCAAGAUUCGUUAGAUAUUCACAUUUGGGACUUCUCACUGAAUCUUGGCAUGAAUUGUUGCGUGUUCAGCCCUGGUGGUGGUGGUGCCAAGGCUCACCUGUAGAGGAAGGGCUGUUCAUGUGUCCACAAGAACUGAAGUAAGAAACAAAAGGCUCUAGAAAUUUGGAUUAUAUCACAAAUUUGUUAUUUAUAUAUGUGAAAAAAGAUUAUGCUGUGGAUCCCCACAGCUCAUUGAACGUGAAAACCAUUAACGACCAUCGUUCAUUGCUUCCAUUAUUUUAUUUCAGUAAUUGUUGCAGCCUUACUACUUGACAUCAUUUUACCUUGUUCACCCCUGAGUUGCAGUUUCCUCUAUUGUUUGUGGCAUACAGCCCCUCCCAUGGUCCUAAUCAGUAAGCAGCAGGUGUUUACGGUAGCCAGUCACUUCCACCCGAGGCUCCCCUAAGAAGAGUUGCCAGGAGUGCACCACCCAGGAGAAUGGCUCAGGUCUUUCAGGCAUUCCUUUCAUUUCAACUCUUCAUUACAUUCUGUCCCUCACAGAAUUGGGCAUAAUUUCCCUCUCGUUGGCAUUUUAAAAUGUUUUUAUUUCACUUAUGAAAAUGGAAAGAUAAAAAAAUCACCAGUUUGUCCUUAAUGAUAGAGUACAAAACAGGCUCCAGGGCAGGAAAAAUUUCAUCUGAUUAGUUCGAUGGCGGGUAACAUGUUUCAUUCAGGCUCUGAAGGUUAUGAUGAUGGCUCACAAUGAUGGUAUUUGAUUAGGUUGGAAAUUAGCCGGGCCGUUAAGUCCCAGCGUGAGCGUAACAUUCAUGGCAGCACGGGUAUACAACUGAUAGAUGUGCUUGGUGUUUAUAUUGAUUUUCACGGUAAACAUCAGUGUACUUGUGUUUUGUUGCCACCAAACAGCCAGUAAAGUAGGUCUGCUAAAGUUUCAGAUACACAAGUGCCACUAAACGUAUGAAUAUCUAUUUUUAAUAUACAGUCAUAUCUCGACCUAAAGGAAAGUUGGAUAUAUUUUUAACAAAAUUAUUAGGAGUUGUAGUUAGUGUCUUACAGAUCAGACCUUCUGUUGAGUCUAGUCUUGGCCUGAAUAAAACAAAGUAAGCAUAUUUUACCAGUACUAAACAUUAACAUUAGUAUUACUCACUGGAUUAAAAAUUGAGCCUAGUACAUGAUUUAAUUCAGACUGCAUUAAGCACCAUUAGACAGUAUUAGAGUCAGUCAAAAUUGCACCUGAACUUUGCCUUGCUUUUCACCUUUCACACUUUUGUUACUGGAGCCACUUUGAUAUGUCCUGUGGAUGUAGGCAGCAGAGAUAUUGUAGCAUAAAUAGAAUAGUCAAAGAAUUACUACAAUCAUAUAAUUAUAUCGUGGGUGAUCCCAAGGGUUUGAUCCACAGCACCAGCCUCAAGUAACAGUAUCUAACUAGUUGCUGCAGGAGCUUUGCAAGUACCAUAUUCUAAGUAACGUGACAGGAAAGUAAGCCACUGACGUAAUUUUUUUUCUAAAGUGUGUAAAGAUAGAAAGUCAUGUUGGAUUUGGGGGAAUUACUGAUGAGUUUAGGGUAUCAUUAACAGGUUUUGUUACUUGCAUUUGUGUUCUUGUUGCUGUUAAUAAGUAAAAAAGAAAUUAGGAAUGUCAUAUAUUACGUUUGCUUUUAACUAUAUUCAAAUUCAUUAUCUCUAUAUAUGUAUAUAUCUUAUUUUACCUGAGUACAGCUGCACAAUACAUAUAAAAUCCUCGCACUAUUCCAUGUCCAGUAACAGCCAGCUGUUGAUUGGUUGCGUGGUUAAAACCUUAGGAUACAUUAUUGUCACCACUAUGUUUUAUACCAUACAUCUCAUGGCAUUAUUCUUUUCACCUUUACACUAGAAGCACAUGAAACCAAAUUUUGUCUACGUACCUAUUUAUUUCCCUGCUGUAAGGUUAGGGCAGCGUGUUGCCCGCGUGAUGCGUGUGUACCAGGAGGCAUUUCCCAUGACUAACUGUCUUAUUGGUGGUGUGUGGUCACAGCAUUGUUUCAAGUUCAUAUUAAGAAAAAGCUUUAAUGAAUGGAAUGUUGGUAGUGUUAUUAACUGACUAAUAUCUACAUCUGAAGCCCCACUCUGGGGCUGCCUAACCUCUCCUAGCUGUUCUGACUCACUAUUGCAGUGUUGUGUGUGGCAGUGGUGUGUGUGUGGUGUGACUUAGGCCUCACAAGGAUACCUCAGUCAUGUUGUGGGCAGUUUUCUCUUCUGUAAGUUGGUUUAGGCAGUUCUAAAUUAAGCUUAUGGUUUUUAUCUAGUCUUUUUUUUUUCAUGAAUCCCAUUUUCAUUUUUAUUUUUGUAUGUUUUAUGUGGCAGUAAAUAGAUUCUAUGGACAUUAAGUAUGAAUCGCUCAAAACUGAAAUAUUUAUGAAUAUAUUAGAUAUUACCCACCAAAUUAUAAUUUUUUAAUAUACUCUAUGAGUUGUGUUAUCUUCCAUUCUCAGAAUAUUCUUACAAACACAUGGUGAUGUUCAUUGAUGGAUAAAUGAUUGCUUCCUGGACUAAUGCAAACCUAGAAUUAAUGAAGCUUUAUAUUUGUCAUUAUUAGCGGGAAAAUUAUUUUGUGAGUGUUCAAUAACUAGCAAUAAUUGAGUGUCAAACAAGUAGAUUCAAGUUUGGCACAAGAUGCAAUAUUAUGGCAUAAAAAGUUAAAGAGUUUGUGUUCAUAUAUAUAUAUAUAUAUAUAUAUAUAUAUAUAUAUAUAUAUAUAUAUAUAUAUAUAUAUAUAUAUAUAUAUAUAUAUAUAUAUAUAUAUAUGUUUCAUUUGAGCUCUUCAAAGGAUAGAUAUAGGCCAUGAAAUUUGCUUUAUUCAGUUUUUACAAUCACAGAUUAUGUGUUUGCAUCUUUUGGGGAUUAAUUUACUUUGUAUAUGCAACCUCUUAGUAGAUUUAGACUUGAACCGGGCAAUAUCAGGCAGGCCGGGAGGGUGCGGGAGGCCCCGGCCAUCCCCCACUCCGGGCCUGGUGGCCAUCAGAAGUACAAGUGAAUCCAUCCAUUGUACAGCUGGCAGCAGCCCAGCUGGUACUCAUGUCAGUCUGAAAACUCCUACUUUUAACAUUACUCUUACAAUAUCUGUUGUAAAAUGUAAUAUUUAGAUGUUUCACCAAGAAUAAGACUUUGUCAAAGGCUACACUAAAUCAACACAAUUUGGUAAACAAUUAAAAUUCUCAACUCUAGUGGUCAAAAAUUCUUUAAAAAAAUCUGGCCAACAUAGACUGCAUCAAAAACAGUUUGCUCUGCUGAUGUAAUUGAUUAUAUCUACACAGUGUGCAGAAUAUAGCCACACAGGUCCCUUUGUACACUGUCUUAACACAUCCUUGUACAUCACCAUGCUGAAGUUACUGUAAGAGUUUGACUAGUGUAAAUUUCUUUAUACUUUCAUUUUUAUGAGUUUGCGUGAAGGAUAACUGACUAGUGAUUGGUAUCCGAGAGACCUUAAAUGAAACUGAAAUGCUGUAAUAUAGGAACACUGAACAUAGCUGUAUUACUGGGCUUCUUCUACCUUGCCUGUAGUUUUAUAUUUUCAACCCCUUUCAGAGAUUAUGCACACCUGACAAGGUAUUAGGUGCAGCUUAGUUCCCUUCGUUCCUGCAUGCAUCCUCUUAUUUUGUGACGACUAGUGUUGUAGUGUUAAGACUCCCAGACCAGCCAAGCCUCGCCCACCGCUUCCCCCGUCAACCCCAGUGCAUGAUGGAAGCCAUGUUUGCCACCUGUCCUGCAUCACAAGGCCCUCCUCAUAACUAGAGUAGUGAAGGUAUUUUAUGGGGCAGUUUAUUUUCAUAUAUUUAUUUUGUGGGCAGGCCGAUCCUUUGCCAUGUUCUCUUCCAUCAGUUUUAGCACUACAACUUGACCUUGUCACUGAUAUUUUGAUACAACUCGUGAACUAUACUGUACAUAACCAUGAGGGCCUAGGGCUGUGGGCCGUGAAAUACACAACUGUGGUCUUCAGUUUGGUCACUUCACUUCUGUUGUAUUUUGAUGAUGCUUAUCUUGGAAAUUUCUAGGUUGAGCUCUUGCAAAAUCCACAUUAUAAUUUUACUGUAAUGAAAAUCACUCUGAAAGGAUUACUUGUUUAGCUAAAGUAAUAAAUAUUAUUAUGUACUGUUUGUGAAUUACUUACAGAUAUUAUUUCUUGUUAACAUGAAGCUUGAUGUUGCCUUCAGCCAACAUACUAUGUUUGUAACACAGCCUAUUCAGGUAACCAACACAGUGUAUUAUAGUGUUUCAGUAUGUAUUAAUGAUGGAUAUAUAUUAUAUAUAUAUUUAAAUUAUAGUAUACUGUAUCAAUACCAAGUGCCCAUAAUAAAGAGAAUAUCAAGA